UAGGGCAUCGGCUAACCCAACAUUACACGUAUUUGCCCGGCAGUUUUACACGAGUACCGGUGAGCUGUUGGCCACUUCAUCCAGAUGCGCGAAGAGGCGAUUAACUUCAUUUUUUAUUUUUUAUUGUAUGUAAAAGUUGUCGUAGGCCUAAGCGCAGUGAGGGAUCAUUUAUCGCCUCUCUUUCUCUCCCCCUCUCCCUCCGCCUCCAGACGCGCACAGACCGAGAGGAAGAGCACAACUUCGCCGCAAAGUGACAACAGACCAUGGGCCCAGUGGGACGCAUCUGGCCGGCGGCGCUGCUGCUGCUGUGUGUGUGUUUGCAGCACUCCUCGGGUUUUUGGGUGAUUAACGUGAUGUUCCCUCCUCCAGCCAAGCCAAGUAUUCCUAACAACAGCACUCCUCCACUCAUUAUUGUGCCUGGGAACUUGGGUAACCGCCUGGAAGCCAAGAUUGACAAACCUACACUGGUCCAUUGGUUGUGCUAUAAAAAAACGACACACUGGUUCCCUCUAUGGAUUGAUCUCAACAUGUUCAUGCCUGUUGGUGUUGACUGCUGGAUUGAUAAUAUUAGGCUUGUUUACAACCGAACAACUCGGCGAUCGUCCAAUUCUCCAGGCGUCCAAGUGCGGGUGCCAGGAUUUGGAGAGACCAAUACCAUUGAGUUUCUCGAUAAUAACAAACUGGCGGGUUACUUUCACACAAUGGUGGAACAUUUGGUCUCCGUGGGCUACUCUCGGAAUGAGACCAUCCGAGGUGCUCCAUAUGACUGGAGACGGGCUCCAAAUGAGAAUGAGGAGUACCUAGUGAGGCUUCGUGAGAUGGUGGAGGACAUGUAUGAGCAGUACCAGAAGCCUGUUUAUCUACUGGGCCACAGUAUGGGCUGUCACUAUGUGCUCUAUUUCCUCAACCAGCAGCCCCAGGCCUGGAAGGACAAAUACAUCAAAGGCUUCAUUUCCCUAGGGGCUCCAUGGGGGGGCGCUGUUAAGCCUCUCAGAGUCAUGGCAUCAGGUGAAAAUGAUGGGAUCCCAAUGAUUUCUAAUAUAAAGAUCCGUGAAGAGCAGAGGAUGGCGACUACUAAUCCUUGGAUGGUGCCAUUUGAUGGUGUUUGGUCAAAAGACCAUGUAUUUAUCUCCACUCCAACAACUAACUACACCAAUCAGGACUACGAGCGUUUCUUCACAGACAUCAAUUUUGAGGAUGGCUGGCACAUGUGGUUAGACACAAAGAACUUGACUGGAGAUCUACAUCCUCCUGGGGUUGAAGUCUGGUGUAUGUAUGGUGUUGGACUGCCCACUCCGGUCACAUACAUUUACGACGAGGGUUUCCCCAAUGCAGACCCUGUGGACUUUGUGUAUGCUGAUGGGGACAACACAGUGGACAGCUUUAGCACAAGUUUGUGCAAGCGCUGGAUCGGAAAGCAGAGCAAACCUGUUCAUGUCACUGAGUUCAGAGGCCUUAUGCACCUGGAUAUGGUGUACCAUGAGAAGGUGCUCAAUCUAGUCCAGUAUAUUCUUGAAGGCAGAUCUGAAACACCCAGUGAAAUUGACGUUAGGGUGUAAAAAAAUAACAAAACUCUGGACAGUAAUUUCAAAUGUCAGUUGUGUGUUUGUUUGCAACAUUGAUAACAGCUGUCUUUACUGAAAUAUAAAACCCUGCUAAAAAUGACUGUUAUCUAACUUGAAGGUAGCAAGGGGAUACUUUGUCAUCUUGCUUGUUUUUUUGUAAGCAGAUAUUUACUAUUGGGACAAACUUAUUUAAUUUAACCUAUAUCUUGUAAUGUAACAUUGAUUAGUAUUUUCCAAUGUUUUAUAACUCCACAAACCCCUUAUUUUAAAAAAAACAUAUAAUCCUAUUUCAUUGCAAAUGUAUUAUUAAAGACUCUCUUAAUGUCAACUAACCCCAAGCCCUUAGCUUGACAUUGUGUCACCCAUGUCUAUAAUCUUCUCAUAAGCCUGUUUACCACUGUGCAGCAGACUAACUAUUUUAGAAUAUGUAAACAUUAACAAAAUGUGUUAUUAAAUGUAAUCAUAGUAUAGGUUCGCUGGCCCUACAGAAUAAACAUAGACUGUGUAUAUGUGAAUACGACUUUUAAAAAUAUAGGCCAAAUUAUUAAUGAUUUGAAAGCA